AUGGGAGUCUCGGAAAAUGGAGAAGGCGAGUUUGAUUACUCGAUUAAUUAUGCAUUAACUUCGAUGUUUUCAGAUUCUGGCGAUUCUACUCUGCGGCGUAGCUCAAGAAAGCGCAUACCGAAAAGGGAUGAUGACUUCGACUACGAUUUCGACUAUUAUCGGAAUGAAAACCCAUCAACUUCUGCUUUCCCAGUACAAUGCGACUUUCCACCAGAAUCUGUUGUUGAAACACCGAAAAUUAAGAAAUCGAGAGCCCCAAAAAGAGCCAAGUAUUCACAGUUAGCGGAGAUGACGGAGAACAAUAACGCGAAUGAGGAUGAACAAGACAAUAGCCUUGAUUUUUCCAUGAUUUUAGAAGAGCGAAAAAUUGAUCCUGUGCAAGAAAAAGCGUUACUGGACAGUCUUAUCAAGCUGAAUCCUUCAGAUUUGAUCAAUAUGGAUGUUUCUGAUAUAAUCGAUGUUCAUUGUGAAAAUUUGAAGCGACGACUGGAGGGAAUCACUCAGUUGUAUUUGAUCAGCAGAUCCUCUACACCUCCGCCGACAAUCGUUUCUCCUAGUUCUUAUAUCGAAAUCGAUUCGGAGUUCUGCUCUUUCAUCGAAUCAGAAGAGCUUGCUGUGAAAAUGGUCGUUGAAGAAUUGGUCGAAACUGUCUCCUUAUCGAACCAAUGA